AUGGAAACCAUCUUCUGCUCCUCCUGGCCAAAGCUUGCUAUGCCUCACACCUACCUCCAGCAAAGGGAUGCGUCACUGAUGGAGUCUGAAGAAACCGGUGAGGGAGGUACCACUUCCCCAGAAGCCAGCAGUGCCACUGGGGAAGCUUGGGAUUCUACAGCCAUCGAAAGAGAGCAUCAUGCCCCUCGCACAUCAGCUGAAAUGAGCACCAGCCCGUCUGACUCUGCAAAGGAAGCAGAGCUCAGCACUCCGGAGGACUGCAUUUCUGCUCCAGGGAAAGCAGCAGAGAUGCUGGGCAGACCUUCUAACCCUGUGCAAAAAGUGCCAGCAGGACUGGAACAAGAGCAAGGUGAUGCAGAGCCUCAGAGGGGACUCUCAGAAUUGGAAGGAGAAAUGCUUUUAGAAGAGGGUGGACUGGACUGUUCUCUGAAACUUAAGCAAGUAGAGCUGGUUGACCUGGAAAGCAACCAGGACUCUUCCUCUCUCAGCACAGUCCAGGAUGGGCCAGGCCCUGGCAACGCCAUCCUGCAGGCUGUGGAUCUCAGCACUGAGUUUCCUCAGUGCCAGGCAGAACUGGCUUUUUAUGGCUCAGACCCUCAGGCCCAGCAUCCGAAAUCUCCUUUGGCAUCAGCCAUUUCCUCUCAGAGAGAGACACCUAAAUGCUUCUUGGUAUAUAAAACUGUUUCAGAGGGGCAUUAUAAGGCUGAGCCGUUUCUGGAUAAGAUCUCCACGGAUUCUUUGCAGGAGGUUGAUACUGGUGCAGAGCAGAAGCAAAGCAGCAAAAAAGUGGCACCAGCAACUGAUAAGCAGCCUACCUCGGAGGAAGCAGUAGAGGACACAGCUAAACCUUACACUUCUGAAGACGCUAAGGAAAGUGUAAGAGCACUCCAGGGUUUGGAAGAGAAUACAGAGUCUUCCUCUUCCCAUCAAUUGUCUUCCACAUUAACCGAUGACAGCCAAAUAAGUUCACUACAAGCAGAAGGAAACAUCUCAGCUGGUGAAGCAAGGAAUAGCAGCAUGGUCAAAGACCAGGCAACAGUAGUGGUUCCUAAAGAAAACUCAUCCGCUUCCAAAUGCCUUCAUCUUGAAGACGAUCACAGAAAAACAGAGGGCAGACCUGCCUCUCCAGCAGAGACUACCUUCCAAGUAAAGGAUACUGCUAAAAACAUUGAAGUGAAUACUUCACAGCGUAAGGAGCCAGCACAGGAGGAGGCAGCGUCUGAACUUCAGCAGGAAGAAGAGAAGAAAGAGUGCAAAGAGCAGAAUCUGCCAGAAGAAGGAAAACCUUUGGAGCCCAAAGAUCAGAAAAACAAGGAACGAAAUGAGCAGGAACAACAACUGCAAAGGGAAGAGCUUAAACUGGAGGCUCCAGCAUCAGCUUUCGGGUCAGAGAUAUCUUCUGUUCCCAGGCAUAACGUGGACUUGUGUGGUUUGGAGAAUGGUUUUUUGGCUGAGCAAACAGGAUCAGCAUUUCUUCUUGGGGAACCUGUCUCUGUGGAGCAGCAUCCUGCUGAGGACGUACUGCUGAAAGCUCACAUCACAGAAGCAGGUUUUGGAUGUCAGCCACCCGCUGUCAGCCCUCUGUGCUCAAAUAACCCAAACCCAGUGGGUGAAACUCCAGUGGUGCCUCCACACACAUGCCAUAUCUCUGACCCGGCAGAAGACCUAGAAGACUCUGGCCGCUUUUCCAUCGGUGGUCAGGAUAUUGGAGAAGCUGACUGGGAUGACAGGACAAGACUGGGCAGGGAGGAUGAGCACAGUGAUGGGCAUGAAAAUGCUGUCCAGAGGUCUGAUAAAAGAGAUGGAUCACUCCAUGGAGGAGUGGCCGCACCUUCUAGCGCAGAGAACCCACAGGCUUCUGUUCCAGCACACCCUUCCUCUGCUACCAAGAACUUGGAGCCACCUGAUCCCACAGAUCCUCAUCCCAUAACAGAAAAUUUGGGAAAAGCUGAGCUUCAGGACAUCAUUCCAGCUUUACCCUCAGAGCUCCCCUCUGUGGCUUCAACAGCUGGCCCACAGCAAGAGGGUGCUAGUGGAACAGCCUCUGUGACCACUGAGGACUGUCCUGGCGCCAGCCUGAACAAACUGCUAGACUCUGUAGAGAAACCAGCCGACCAAGCUGCUUCUGUACGAGUGCGGGACCCAACGUCAGGGGAAACUGCUAUCGCAAGUACUGAUCCAGGGGAGGCCAACGCUUCCCAUGAACUCCUUACUUCUGAAGAAGGCUUUCAUGAAGACCUUAGAGGCCCAUCUUCUUGCUCUGUAAUAUACACAAGCUGUCUUCCACUAGAGGGGAGUCUUCCUGAGGGUAGGAGGACUGUGGCUAUCAUUGGAGGGCCUCUGGAGCCACCCCAAACACCAGGCAGGACUUCCACUCCCCUGAACCACCCAGAGACAAUUCAGCAAAAGCCCCCAGAAAAAAGUGCCAUUAUCCGAGGAAAAGAAAUGGGAGCAAAUGUGGAUCAUGAUGCACAACAAACGCCUCUACUUGAUCAGUCUGACUGCAGUUUAAACCAAAAAGAGCCUGGAUCCAGAAUCUCCAGUGUCCUGAGCACCCUAACUUGGCCCUCUGAAGAAGAUAUGAUCCUUGCCGUGAACCAGCAAGAACAACCUCUCUCCCCUGCGUCCCACUCAAGCCUACCUCUGGUGUCUGAGCGUGAUGCCAAACAGCUUCCUCAUCCUCCUUCCCAUGUCCAAAGCCCCAGUCAAGCUCAGGCCCCUGCACUUAAUGCAAAUCACCUUGCUCAACCUCCAGCCCUUGAACCCCUCCAGCUGGCUCCUGUACCCUACUCCAGGCCACAUCUCAACUGUGGCAUGGACAACAAGAAGUUACUAGCCAUUCACCCUACUAUAAGCCAUCCUCUCCGGACUGCUGCCUCUGUGUCUGAUUCUAACACUUUGGCCUCUGCUUCUUAUGGAGAAGGUGUGGCAGAGAAAGAUGACCUUGUUCCAGUAACUAGAGAGUGGGAUCUCGGUGACUCAGGUACCCAUGAUACAGAGACUUCUGACGACUCGGGGGUCAGUUUGCUGGGCAAAAGCUUUUCUGCUGUUGGAAAUGAAGCAUUGGCUGGCUGCUCUGACACCAGCCCUGAAGCAGCGGACCAGCACAUGGAUAUACAGUGUGGAAAAUCCUCACCUGACCACCCUUCUUGGCCCUCGCUGGCAGGCCUGAUAACAUCCACAGACUCCAAGAGCAGAGACUCUGCACAGCCACUUCCAAUGCUAGCAUUCACCAAUCCAAUCCACUUCCUCCAGCUCAGCCCUCCAUCACCGCCAACCACCAGAAAGACCUGCCAAGAGGAGGAGGUCUCAGGGGAGCUGCGAUGGGAGCAACAGGCAGGCAUCUUUGGCGUGGACACAAAGAACAUCCAAGCGCCAUCGGCAAUCACAGAGAAAACAGAAGGUGAGAGGAGGGUCAAGCAAAGGCUGGAAGGAGAAGGAGGAGAACACCACUUAGUAGCUCAGCGAAAGGAGGAAAUGCCCAGACAUUCACCCUUGGAAAAAUCAUCAAGUUGGCCAGACAAAAAAACGAUCAGGGUAGUUGCACAGGAGCCAGCAGCCAAUCAAGAAAACACAAUUAAGCGCCGAGUGAAAAGCAAGGACUGGCACCGUCAGGGCCUGAAGAGGACAUCAGUACCACCAGACAUCUUGCAGGGAAUUCCUUCUGUUCCUUCAGAGGAAGAAGCUCACAAGGCACACAGGGAACCACCAGUCAGUUCAGAAACAGUUAUAUUGCGAGAGAAGAAACCUGCAGAUGCAAUGGAGAACUUCAAACGCCGGCACUCCAAACUGAUCAACUCCUCAAGAUUGCUGUAUCAGGAGUACAGUGAUGUGGUUCUGAACAAGGCCAUUCAAAGCCAGAAGAGAGUGGAUUCCUUCGCAGAGGAUAUAGAGUCAAGUUUCCCAAGCUCCCCAAGGCUGCGGAGGAAAGUGCUGUCUCCCCAGGACUCAUAUUUGCAACGUCUAUCAGUCUCAUCUAAUGCGUCCCUCUGGCAGGACAUCCCCAUGAUACGGGGCAGCAGAAUGCUACUCAAUAUGUCCCGUGAUGAGCAGAAGCUGCAAGAGGCCAAGUUUGAGUUGAUAAUGUCUGAGGCUUCAUACCUGCGCAGUUUAAAUGUGGCAGUGGAUCACUUCCAGCGAUCGGCAGAGCUCCAGGCAAUGCUCACCAAUCAAGAGCGUCAGUGGCUCUUCUCCCGCCUUCAUGAUGUACGCGAUGUCAGUGCCAGUUUCCUCUUUGACUUGGAGGAGAAAUUUGAGGAGGACAUAUUCACCUUCCACGUGUGUGAUGUGGCUCUGAAACAUGCCCCCGAGUUCCGCAGGGUGUAUCUACCAUAUGUAACAAACCAGACAUAUCAGGAACAAACCUUCCAGCGGUUACUAAAUGGAAAUGCAGGGUUCCAGCAAGUCCUGGAGAGACUGGAAAGUGAUCCAGUAUGCCAGCGCCUCUCACUUAAAUCCUUCCUCAUCCUCCCUUUCCAGCGCAUCACUCGACUCAAACUCCUCCUACAGAAUAUCCUGAAGAGAACUCGGCCAGGGUCUGAGGAGGAAGUGCAAGCAACACAGGCCUACGACGCACUUGAAAAGCUCAUCAAGGAUUGCAAUGAAAAUGUCCAGCGCAUGAAGAGCACUGAAGAGCUGAUCUACCUCAGCCAGAAGAUUGAAUUUGAGUGCAAGAUAUUCCCACUCAUCUCACAGUCGAGGCGACUUGUGAAGUGUGGUGAGUUGACAGCACUGGACUUCAACACUCUGAGUCCAAAAUGGAAAGUCACCACCCGUCCCAUCUACCUACAUCUUUUCAAUGACUGUCUGCUCCUGUCUCGGCCAAAGGAGGGUGGACGUUUUGUUGUGUUUGAUCAUGCCGCUUUCUCAGAUGUGCGUGGGGAGAAGUGCGAGAUGAAACUACAUGGAACAAACAAAAAUGUUUUCCGUCUCUUUCUGCUUCAGAAUUACCAGGGAAAGAGAGUGGAGUUUUUGUUUCGUACAGAGACACACAGCGAGAAACUGAGGUGGAUCUCUGCUUUGGCUCCUCCGCGAGGAGAACUGGACCUCCUGGAAUGCCCUGAUGCACCACAGGUUCAAUGCAUAAAGACUUACAAGGCUCGGGAAAAUGAUGAGCUGGCUUUGGAGAAAGCCGAUAUCGUCAUGGUUAUGCAGUACAGCAAUGACGGAUGGAUGGAAGGAGUAAAACUUUCAGACCGGGAGAGAGGCUGGUUCCCCUCAGAACAUGUGGAACUCAUCUCCAGCAAACACGCACGGCAGAAGAACCUGAAGGAGGAACAACGUGUGAAGAACGCCAAGCAGCAGGUCUUCUGCAAGAAAUAA